AUUUUCAGCCCCAGGUACUUACAGUAUCCGAUCCCCAAUCGGUUUUAAUGUGAAUUCUGUGAAAAUUUAUAAAAAUAAUCAAAAAUUGGAAUGAGAGCGUCCCAAAUAUUAUAGAUUGGAUAGUUUUGCAAAAUAAGUCAUAGAUAGUGAUUGAGGGUCAUCGAGCAUUUAGUUUUAUCACUGAAAUAACCAGCUGAUGGCGGGUGAAAAUACUGAACUCCUUUGGCAGUUUGGUUGUUUCAAGUUCACACAACUGUGGAUAAGUUGGUUAUAGAUAAAUUUGUGCGAUUGAUCUGGACAUUACUAAUGUUUUAUAGUGAAGUUUAAAGCUUCAAUACAUUGGAAUAUUAUAUUUUAAGACGUUGAUAAUUGGGCGUGCACUGAAUUUCAAGCACACACCUUGUCAUUGAUAUUUUGUAAUCCUUCAUUACAUUUGAAGACUUUUUCUCGAAUAAUGCGAUUGAGAAGAGUUUCAAUUUGACGUCGGGUGUUUCGAUGUUGAAAUGAAGAGUGAUCAGUUUUCGGUUGAAGUGUAAAUAGUGUUUUGAAUAGUUUGAUAAAGGAAGGCCUCUUCAAAAUCCUGCCAGGAUGUCUUCCACAGCUUUUGUGGAUAGAAUCGAUCCCUUUGCUAAGCGGUCCUUGAAAAAGAAAACCAAGAAGUCUCAAGGAAGUUCAAGGUACCGCAAUUCUCAAGAAGUUGAAAUGCAGCAGUUGCCCCUCUUGAAAGAUGUGCCAGCUUCUGAUCAGGAAGAAUUGUUUAUUCGUAAACUUCGACAGUGUUGCGUUGCCUUUGAUUUCAUGGAUCCGGUAGCAGAUAUCAAGGGGAAGGAGGUGAAACGUUGCACCCUCAAUGAACUGGUGGAUUAUAUUACUGCCGGUCGAGGAGUACUCACUGAACCGGUGUACCCAGAAAUCAUUAAAAUGAUUUCGGCAAACCUAUUUCGAACUCUACCUCCUAGUGAAAAUCCAGAUUUCGAUCCAGAAGAGGAUGAUCCUACACUAGAAGCGAGCUGGCCGCAUUUGCAAUUAGUUUACGAGUUUUUUUUGCGUUUCUUGGAAAGUUCUGAUUUCCAACCAACAAUUGGCAAGCGAGUGAUAGAUCAAAAGUUUGUUCUUCAAUUGCUUGAAUUGUUUGACUCAGAAGAUCCAAGGGAGAGGGAUUUUCUUAAAACGGUAUUGCAUCGUAUUUAUGGAAAAUUCCUCGGUCUGAGGGCUUUCAUCCGAAAACAGAUAAAUAAUAUAUUUCUAAGAUUUGUGUAUGAGACUGAACACUUCAAUGGAGUUGGUGAAUUGCUCGAAAUUUUAGGCUCGAUAAUUAAUGGAUUUGCACUACCUCUGAAAGCAGAGCAUAAGCAGUUUCUGGUCAAGGUACUGAUACCUCUGCACAAGGUAAAAUGCCUAUCCUUGUAUCACCCCCAGCUGGCCUACUGUGUGGUACAAUUUCUGGAAAAGGAUCCAACUCUGACAGAGCCGGUGGUUAAAGGCUUGCUGAAAUACUGGCCCAAAACGUGCAGCCAAAAAGAAGUAAUGUUCCUUGGUGAGAUUGAAGAGGUAUUAGAUGUAAUCGAGCCAUCUCAAUUUACUCUUAUUCAAGAAUCGCUAUUUAGGCAGAUCUCCAGAUGUGUAUCAAGUCCACAUUUCCAGGUUGCUGAACGAGCGCUCUACUUUUGGAAUAAUGAAUAUAUUAUGUCUCUUAUGGAAGAAAAUAACCACGUUAUAAUGCCAAUAAUGUUUCCUGCAUUGUAUCGCAUUUCCAAGGAACAUUGGAAUCAAACCAUUGUAGCUCUGGUUUACAAUGUUCUGAAAACAUUCAUGGAGAUGAAUUCGAAGUUAUUUGAUGAGCUCACCGUCAGUUACAAAGCUGAAAGACAAAGGGAAAAAAAGCGCGAGAAAGAAAGAGAUGAAUUGUGGAAAAAGUUAGCAGACCUAGAGAUCAGCCACAAUAAAAAUGUAGCUGGAGAAAAUAGUUCACCUAGUAAAAAGUGAUACAACAACCUAAGACUAUCCCCGCCCAAUCAUGAUAAUAUUUAUUGAAAACUUAAGGACUCAGGACAACAUACUAGAAAUUUAUGAGCUAUCAUGCAGAAAGUCCUGGAAGAUGUAGCUUAUACAUAGAGGUGGAUGAUUGGUUCAAGAUUGAAGAACAAUUUUUUAGAAUAAUUGACUAAAUGUAAUGUCUUGAAGUGGAUAUAAUUAAUGAAAAAAGCACUUUCAAAAAUUGAGGUACUUUAAAAUUUAUCAAAAAUUGGUUAUGAUUAAAAAAUUUACAACAAAAAUACAAAGGCAUCCUAUCAUUAUUAGUUUUUUUUUAGUAAAUAUAAAACCUUCACUUUCUGAAUAUUGUUUGAGGGAGAUUGAAAAAUCAGAAUAUCUGAAAAGAAAUACUUCAAGCAAUAACUUAUUAUUGAGAAUGGUACCUUUUCCAAUGUGCGAAUAGAACGCUUUAAGUGAUAUUAACUUCUGCAAUAGUUUUGGCAUUUAUGAUUAUGUACUCCUGUAAUAAAGUUGCAUACCAAAACAGAGUAUCUAAUGGUAAUAGCACUCUACUGAAUAAAUGAUAAUAAUUGAAACAUGCUUAGUUUUACUAAAUAUCACUUGUUUCAAUAAAAAAAUUGUUAUAUAAAAUCCGGCGUUUUCUAUUUUAUUUUGUUGAUUUUUAUUUAUAAAUGUUCUGAAGACAUUUUUUCUUUAAUUAAGCCUGACCAAAAUUCAACAUUGGUAAUUUAUUGUUAAUCAUAAACAUUGAAAUGGAAAUUCAGGAUUUGGAUUUUGGUCUUGUAAUGAAGGCAAGUAAUAUUGAAUUCAAUGUAAAUUAUUCAAAAAAUUCGAAAAAAGCACUUGGCAUCUGGGGCUUCUGAGCGCUCUUUCAUUUAUUUCUUCCUUGGAAACCAAAGAACUGUAUAUAGGUUGUAUAUAUGAGAUGAUUUGUUUUCAUGUCAUUGUUUAUUUUAUCUAGAUGAGGAGUUAUUAUUCUGAAAUUUGAACAUAAAUCAUUCUGGGGAAGCGAUCAACAUGGAAUUUCGAAUAAAGCUUGAAAUUAUAUAUCUACAUGCAAAAGUCGAUUAGAUCAAAGAAAUUAAGUUUUUUUUUUAUAUUCUUGAAUUUUCAAUGGUUCUGAAGUUCGAUUUUAUACAUAUAUGCAGAAUCUAGACUAGGUUGGACUUAAAUAUUUUUUCCUCUUCAGUUUUCUCUAGUUCUAGUUAUGCGAUCAACAUGAAAUUGUUGUUUUACAUCUAAAUUCAAAUUUUUAGCUCAAUUGAACCAAUACUUUCGAAAUAAUCAGGAAAACUAAAUUUCGAAGGGCCAUAUUUACCAAAUGCCUAGUCGUAUUCUAAUCAAUUUCAAGCGAAUAACCUGAUUACCCUUGGUAAUAAACAACAAUAACCAGCUGCCUUCAAGCUUUUUUGGUCAUUUUGGUUAUCACAUAUUCACAUGACGUCAUGAACUAGCCCUUCAACGUCAUCGAUUUGGACCGCAGACAACCACACUUGAGAGCUCAGUUAAACUUCUGGUCAUUAAAGAAGUAAGGUUAAAUUUGAUCGAAAUAAGACUUUAUGAAUUCCAGACUCAAAGUAUGCAAGCGUACACAAUUCUCAGUUGAUGGCAAGCUUUGUUUUAUUAAAAUGGAGCGUUAAUACAGAAGGAUGAUAUUAAAAUAAAAGUUGGUUAUGUUUGUUUCGAUUACAACAACCUCUGACCUACAUAAAAGGAAAUAACUGCGGUCAUGAGUGGUUAUUCACUUGGAAUUGUUUUGUGUUAUUUCGAAAGUUUAUCGUGUUUAAUGAAGGCCAGAGGGAUUGAAUUGAAUUUGACUACAGAUUCUUCAUGAAAGAGUCGAGCCUUAUAGUUUGAGGCUCAAAAUUCGAAAAAUGCACCCAUCAAGACGAAAUUAUAUUGCCCUCUGUUCGGAGAACGAGAGCUCAAAAAGAUAUCAAAGAAUGAUUUCAUUGCAAUUCAAAAAUUAUCGAACUAGUCAUUUUAUUUUUUGUUAAGUAGUGAUGAUUAAAUUACAAAUUAAUUUAAAAUACGUUAUAAAUAUAUUAUUUUCCGUAUUAACUAUAAUUUUCCCCUUUUUGAAAAAAAAAAUUAUUUUAUACACUUAAUUUUCAUGAAUCUAUUGCAAAAAUAUCGAUAAUAUGUUUAUCAUGGACAUUACAUAUAUCGACCUAAAAUCUUAAAGCUAUUGGUAAGUAAUAAUAUUCCUCAUUUUAUCAAGAGAUUACUUAUUUCCAUUCAUUUUAAAUCUAAUUAAUGAACAUUUCUGUAACCUGGAGGUAAAGAACACCAUGGAAAAUUCAGUUAUUAUUCAUACAAUGCAUUUUCCAAAUUUGUUUUUUCAUUACUCAUAAAGAAAGUUGUUCACAUUAUUAUUGGUAUCGAUAAGGAAAAAAUUUUAAUAGGUCAAAAUAUUUUGGAAAAUUUAAUCUAGUGAACAAUUCCAAAAAUAUAAAAUUCAAUCUAUCCUACUAAUUGUUAUUUACUAUUUGAUGCAGCAUAAAGGUAUGCUCACCGUCUCUUGCAGUAUGUAGUAGUUCAAAAGUUUCAUAACAAAGAGUGCAUUAUAGAUUUCGAUCAUGUUAUUUUAAUAUGAUUCAUAUACAUUUUAAUUCAGAGUUAUAUAAUUUUUCAUCAGUAUUACUACUAUACAGAGUGUGGAAAUCAAAAGGGUGUUUGUCUAUUAACUAGAAAAUUAAAGAAAUUUGACGUGACAAUCAAAGGAAACAAAUUCUGGUACUUCCACCAUCUUGUAGGUUCAAUCCCUAUCACAAUUUGAAUUGAAUAUAUGAGCAAUUAGGCAUCAUUGUAAAGCUUAGUAUGUCCUCUUCGUAGACAUAUGACUUUCACAAUUUCUAGAUUUUUCUCUAUACAGGUUUUCCAAAUCAUUUGGCGUCGGAAAGACUCAAAAUGUUUUGUCGAAGUCGAAAAAACUUAAAUGUCAACUUUUUUUUCGACGAACAUCUACCUGAUAAAUGAAGCUUAAUUGACUUGCUGCGCCACACUCUUUAUAAUAAAUACAUAUAUUCAUUUUCUAAUACACUCAUAAACAAUUUAAACAAAUGUAUGUACUGAAAAUAUUGCAUAUUUAAUUCUUUCAAUCAAUCAACAGAAAAUUUUUCUAGAAAAAAACAAAUUUUUAUAGAGUUAAUUGGUAAUUCCCAGAUCAAUAAAACAUUUCCAUUAAAUGUGAAUAACAUCAGGUGUAAUAAUUUCUUGACCUUAAUUUGAAGCUGUAGUCUGUAUUUCUGUUUCAUUACUAUUUAUUUUCUUUCCAAUCAAUGAAACACUUAUCCUUUUCAGGAGAAUAUUGGAUCAAUACAUCAUUUUGUAAAACUGUUAACUCCAUUGACUUUCAACAAGAAAAGCAUUAAAUUUCAUAC